GAAAUAAGCAGGUGCUCAAAAGGGAAUAUAAAAUGUGGCAUUUUGUUUAUUGUUUAUCAUUGAAGGGCCUGGAAUGCAAGUAAAAAAAGCGCAACAAUGGCCUGUCGCUUUUUUUUAAAAAAAAAAUCGAUAAGGCGCAUAUUGAAAUAGCAUUCAUUUGUAGAAACGCAAGGAGCGCGUUUUCUAUUUGUCCGUCGCCUCUCUCACCGCGCCCAACCUGUUGCUUCUCAGAUUUUGUAACUUCAUAGUCCUCUCCGGAUUUAUAUCUCCAAGCCCGAUAAGAGAUAUCUAUCUCUUCUCUUUCCUCUCUUUAGUUUUUUAUAUUAUUUUCUCCAGCUCUUACAGCAAAACGCUUACAUUCGUUUUACAUCCGCUUUUACAUAUCUAUACAAGACAAAAAUGUGGCGGCAACACACAGCCAAAGCGUUCAAGUACGGAGCGGCCGGUGCAAUGGCAGCAGGCACGCUCUACGCGGGAACACAGUAUUACCAGAAUCGCGCUGGCAAGCAAUUUAGCCCAAGACUUCCAUCCUCCUCUAACAUGAUCUACGCCGACCCCCUAGAGACCCCGACACCCCCCGGAAUGCGGCCACACGCCUUCUGGACCCCGCCCAAGCGCGAAGAAAUGCUCAACGACCUGAAGGGCCUGAGCCGUGAUGGGGCGGACAACAAGACUGCGGAGGAGCGCGAGUUUGACGUCCUGAUCAUCGGUGGCGGCGCCACAGGAACCGGGUGCACGCUGGAUGCGGCCACCAGAGGGCUGAGAGUGGCUAUGGUGGAGCGCGAUGACUUUGCAUCGGGCACCUCGUCAAAGUCUACCAAGCUGGUGCAUGGCGGCGUGCGGUACCUGCAGAAGGCCAUCAUGGGUCUGGACUACGAGCAAUGGAAGAUGGUCAGGGAGGCGCUGCAUGAGCGUAAGACCUUCUUGAACAUUGCACCGUAUUUGAGUAACGAGCUGCCGAUCAUGCUGCCAGUCUACACCUGGUGGCAGCUGCCGUACUUUUGGAUUGGAUGCAAGAUGUAUGAUCUGUUGGCUGGCAAGCAGGGAAUCACGAGCAGCUACCUGAUGGGCCGUGGCAAGACGAUCGAGAGCUUCCCGAUGCUGCGCGCUCAGGGGCUUGUGGGCUCACUGGUGUACUUUGACGGCCAACACAAUGAUGCGCGCAUGAACGCGGCGCUGGCUGUGACAGCGGCUGCGCACGGCGCCGUGGUGGCCAACCACGUCGAAGUGACGUCGCUGAUCAAAGACACGGUUGACGGAAUUGAGCGUGUGCGCGGCGCCAUGGUGCGCGACAACGAGACUGGCGAGGAGUGGGCGGUCAAGGCGCGCAGCGUCAUCAAUGCCACAGGCCCGUUCUCCGACGCUAUCCUGAAGAUGGACGACCCGACCAUGGCCGACAUUGUGGCGCCCAGCUCCGGCGUGCAUCUGGUGCUGCCCUCGUACUUCAGCCCCAAGAACAUGGGCAUGCUGGACCCGGCGACGACCGACGGCCGUGUGGUCUUCUUCCUGCCGUGGGAGGGUGGUGUUGUUGCCGGUACCACGGACACGCUGUGCUCAGUGGAGGCUGACCCGAAGCCCAGCGAGAAGGAGAUUGAGUGGAUUCUUUCGGAGAUCCGCCGCUUCCUGUCGCCCGACGUCAAGAUCCGCCGCGGCGACGUCUUGGCCGCAUGGUCAGGUAUCCGGCCCCUGGUGCGCGAUCCCAAGGCGGCCAACACCAAGGAUCUGGUGCGCAACCAUAUGAUUCACGAGUCCGACUCUGGUUUGAUCACCAUUGCCGGCGGCAAGUGGACGACGUACCGCGAAAUGGCCAAGGAGACCAUCGACCGCGCUAUCAGCCUGCACUCGCUCAAGCCUCUGCGCGACUGCCAGACUGAGAAUGUGCGGCUGAUUGGAUCCCACGCAUGGUCCGACACCAUGUUCAUCAAGCUCGUGCAGAACUUUGGCAUCGACCUUGAGGUCGCCAAGCACCUGGCGCACAACUACGGAGACCGCGCCUGGGCUGUCUGCGCACUGGCUGACCAUGCCGGUGCCCAGAGCCAGCGCAUUCACCCGCUUUACCCGUUCGUCGACGCCGAGGUGCGUUACGCUGUGCAGUACGAGUAUGCACUGUCCGCUGUCGACGUUAUUGCGCGCCGCAUGCGCUUGGCCUUCUUGGACGCCCAGGCUGCACGCGAGUCCAUCCCGCGCGUCAUCGAGCUGAUGGCCGCCGAGCUCAAGUGGGACGACAAGCGUAAGGCGAAGGAGGCCAGGAAGGCUCUGGUGUUCCUGACCACAAUGGGCCUGCCUGACUCGAUCCUUGAUGAGCAGCCAAAGUCAUCUGCUGCUGCUACUGCUGCUGGUGCGCGCCAGGGAGUGGUCAACAUGCAGACUACGGCUACGCUGAACUUCCUUGAUCCGGCCUCAUACUACCGCCGCGGUAUUUUCUCUGCCGAGGAGAUUGGAGCUAUCCUGGCGGCCUUCUCCGAGUUUGACUUGGAUGGUGAUGGUCACAUCGAGGUCAAGGAUAUUCAGCCGUUGUUUGACUCCAUUAACGUGCCUGUGCCCGAGGGAGGCAUCACUUCGUAUUUGAGCGCUGCCCGUGUGGAGCAUACGGACCCCGGAAGCCACGUUGAGUUUGAGCAGAUCUUCGAUAUCUUGCGCGAGAUUAAGGAGGCCGUUAAUUCGAAAGGCCGUGCGCCUAAGGAGGAUCUGAAUCUCAAUCAGAUCCCCACUUAUCGCAGCGGCGGUGGCGUCUAAGUGAGUAUUUGACCUUAUCGACUUUAUCGAUGAACUCUUGAUAAAUGCAGCAAGGAUUAGGCGUCGCGUUGAUCCUCCGUUUCGUUUACGCUAUUGCUUGGGGGUAUGACGCGAUAAUUUUUGAUUGGUGUUGAUCCCUGUCCCUGCUCUUGCUUUAUAAACUGGAAAUUGAAGGCCUAAACACACGUUAACUUUUCCUUCUCAAAUCUUUCUUUUACA